UUGACAUACAACAACAACAAGAAGUCUACGUCAAUGACAACACAACAUCAGAGCUUUUAGGCCCUUGUCUUUGGGGAAGUUUUGGGCUUGCUAAUGACCCAAUCAAAGAACCAGGUGACAGAUGGUGUGAUGUAAAAAUAUUUCAUAUUCAGUUCAUCACCUGUGGCAAGGAAACAGUCUCAUCAUGGGGCUCACAGCAGUCGCUUUUCUUGUCUCCGUCAUAUUUAUCGGAGCAAACGUCUCGGCCCAGUCUCAGAAUUUUAACGAUAAUCGGUGUAUAUGUCUUUGCCCACACCUUGCGCUGCCAAAUGUAACACAUCCACCCCCCUAUAUUAAAGAUGUUCCCCCUAACCUAUGUAACUGUGAAAAUGUGAUUUUACCCCAAAUUUCCUUGAAGGAGGAGAAAGCAGCAGCAUUUUGUGUGCGGUGUGACUGCAAGUAUGAAAAUAGAAAUACAGCAAUUAUUAAGGUGGUUGUUAUAAUUGUGAUUUGGAUAAUCAGCCUCCUCGUGGUUUACAUGCUUUUCCUUAUCUGCCUUGACCCCUUAUUAAAUAAACGAGCUCAGAGCAGCUACACUGAGCACACAAAUGAGGAAGAUUUAUCUGGUGGUGAAGGAGUGUCUCAUGCCAUGGGAGUUCGUUCGAAUGUUCUUAAUAGAGUAGGCCAUCAACAAGACAAGUGGAAGAGGCAGGUACGAGAGCAAAGAAGAAACAUUUACGAUCGUCACACUAUGCUUAACUAGAUUGUCUUGUAACAAAUACUUAUCCCCACAUAAGAUCAUUCCAGCUUGUAUCUCUUAAUCCAUACUGGUGUUUUCAUUUCCUCUCCCUCACUUCCUUAUCAUAGAAGUAGCUUUUUCUCAUUUUUGUGAGCAGUCAUACUUGUUUCUGUUUCUUGUAAGUAAAACAUAGAAAUCCAAACUGUGUUCCUAAUGUUUGUAAAAUAAAGGAAUAAUUAAAGAAUGCCUUUACAAAUGUGA